GCCCCGGGGACGGGGACUCCAGCGUGUAGGGCACCUGGCUGCCCUCACUGCCAUUGGAGCGGACAUCCCAGGGCAGGGGACACACCGUUGCAGGGAAUGCUCCCUCCGGGGAGACACUCAGUCCUGGAGGAUCCCCUACCCCUGUCCUGGAGGAUGCUCCGCUGCAGGGAAUGCUCCAGUGCAGGGGACACCCCAACCCAGGGGAUGCUUCUGCUCUGGGGACACCCACCCUGGGGGAUGCCCCACUGUAGGGACCAUCCCACCCAACCCUGCAGCCCCGCGGUGCGGGGGGAAGGGGCGUGUUUGGGGCAGCCUCGUGCCAUGCAGCUCAUAACCUAAAAAUAGGCGGCAGCUCCCGGGGCAGGACUCGUCCUUUCCGUGGCAGCCACGGUGCUUGUGCAAAGCGGUGCCACGCGGGGCCCCCCGGGCGCAGGGCUCUGCUCUCUGUCCCGCAGAUGGCAGGCGGCAUUUUCUCCCCGCUGGGGAGCUGCUCGGAGCUGGAGAAGGCCAACUGCCACCCGCUGGUGUGCCUGCUGUGCCACGAGCCCUACCAGCACCCCUGCCUGCUCGACUGCUACCACAACUUCUGCGCCAGCUGCCUGCGGGGCCGCGCCAGCGACGGCCGCCUGCGCUGCCCGCUCUGCGGGCACCCCUCGGUGGUGAGGGGGGGCACGGGACUGCCCCCCGUGGACCGGCUGCUGCAGUUCCUGGUGGACAGCUCGGCCGACAGCGAGGAGGACGUGCAGUGUGCCAACUGCGACCGGCGCUGCGCCAAGGCGGAGCUGGACGCCAUGUACUUCUGCAACACCUGCGGGCAGCCCCUGUGUACCCCGUGCCGUGAGGAGACCCACCACGCCAGGAUGUUUGCCCGCCACGAGAUCGUGUCCCUCUCCAAGCGCACCAAAGACAUCCACAAGAAGUGCCCGCUGCACGAGGAGCCCUACAUCAUGUUCUCCACCGAGAAGAAGUCCAUGCUCUGCAUCAACUGCUUCAGGGACAUGCAGGGGGAGAGCCGGGCACACUGCAUCGACAUCGAGACGGCGUACAUGCAGGGCUGCCAGCGGCUGGACCAGGCGGUGAUGGCAGUGAAGGAGCUGCAGACCUCCACACGCGAGGCCAUCGUCCUGCUCAAGGCCAUGAUUGAGGAGGUUCGCAACAGUGCCAGCGAGGAGGAGGCGGCCAUCAACUCCCUCUUCGGCCGCAUGCAGGAGCAGCUCUCUGAGAGGAAGAAGACGCUUCUGAAAGCUGUGCAGAGCCAGCAUGAGGAGAAGGAGAAGGCAUUCAAGGAGCAGCUUGCACACCUCGCCUCCCUGCUGCCCACCCUGCAGGUCCACCUGGUGACCUGCUCAGCCUUCCUGAGCUCUGCCAACAAAGCCGAGUUCCUGGACCUGGGUUAUCAACUGAUGGAGAGGCUGCAGAGGAUUGUCAAGCUGCCGCACCGCCUGCGGCCAGCCCAGACCAGCAAGAUCAACAGCGAGUACCGGGCAGAGUUUGCCCGCUGCCUGGAGCCCCUCCUGAUGCUCAGCCCCCGCCGCUCCGUGGUGGGCAGUGCCGGCGGCAUCGGUCCUGGCAUCACUGGCACGAACAUGCUCCCUGGUGGCCAAUGCUCCAAGACCCUCAUGGUGCCCAGCUGUCCCCCCUCAAGUGACAAAAUGUCCACCAGCCCCAUAGUGAGGAAGCCGACGAUGCACCGGUACAUCAGCACCAAGGUGCUCCUGGCCGAGGGGCGUGAGACCCCCUUCGCCGAGCACUGCCGCAACUACGAGAACACCUACCGGAUGCUGCAGAUGGAGAUCCAGGGCCUGAAGGACCAGGUCCAGGAGCUGCAUCGCGACCUCACCAAGCACCACUCACUCAUCAAGUCAGAGAUCAUGAGUGAGAUCCUGCAGAAGUCCCUGCAGAUGGACGUGCAGAUCGCAGCUCACUACUCUGCCGUGGAGAUGAUGCGCAGCGUCUUCGAGGAGGUCUGGGAGGAAACUUACCAGCGGGUGGCAAACGAGCAGGAGAUCUAUGAAGCCCAGCUCCAUGACCUGCUGCAGCUGAGGCAGGAGAACAGCUGCCUGAGCACCAUCACCAAGCAGAUCGUGCCCUACGUCCGCUCCAUCGCCAAGGUGAAGGAGCGGCUGGAGCCCAGGCUGCAGGAGCCCCGGGAGCCCAAGGAGGAACAGGCCCAGAUGUUGCUCAAGAUCUGUGACAACAGUGAAGCAGUGCCAAGCGAGGAAGAAUAAUGCAGAACUCAAGGAAACAGUGAACCUCUUUGGUAUAUAACGACAGAAUAAGUUAUGCCACACAGCUCAGUGGGAACCAUUUCAAAAUGGUCACAUAUAAAAGAGUGUUAGCUAGCCCAACUCUUCUCCUGGUUGGAGAUUUCCCUAGGAGCAUCUCCUACUUGCCCCGACAUCCUGGCUUUUGCCCAAAA